GGCGCGCAUGGAGGGCGCCGACUCGCGUGCGCUGGUGAGGACGGAGACCCCAUCGGCGUCGCCGCAGGGCCUGCAUGUGGCCAAGGGCGCACUUCUUCUUCAGGUGCCGUCCGCCUCCGACUCCAGCCUCGGCUCGGCUGCCACCAUGGAGCAGGCGUGGCUCCGCGCCGACUCCUACGAGGUGACCAGCCGGGAGGGGAACCCCGGCCAGGCGUCGGUGGAGAUGUUCUUCUCCAGCCUGCAGGCCAACCUCAAGGCCAGGGCAGCCGAGGCCGCGGCUAAUGUUGCCAAGGUGGAGGAAGCCGGCAAGGCUGUGAUGGACCGGCGCACCACUCUGUAUAAUCGCGCCGUCACCCAUUACCACAAGGCCAAGCUGGACCGGGCCGACUUGGCCCGCGAGCUGGAAGCCGCCAAGGGUAAGCUCUUGCUUCUUUCGACUCGAUGUCUUAUUUUCUUUUUAGUUUUGGUUGGCUGACAUUUCUUUCUGGCCGCCUCGCAGUUGAAGCCGCCAAGGUCCCGCAGCUGGAGUCGGAUCUCCGAGCCACUCGCGCCCAGUGCGCCGAGAGCGAGGAGGCGGGCCGAUCCGCCGCCGGCAAGCUCAAGCUGGCUGAGCAGGAGUUGACGCGGCUGCGCCUGCUGGAGCAGAACCAUCUCGCCGAGCUCAACUCCCUCAGGACGGCGGAGAAGGAGAAGGUGGAUGAUCUGAGCCGGCGGCUGACGG